UAAACAUUCGUCAUUCAUGCUUGGCAGUGCUCGUUUUAGCUCAAUGGCAGUGGUGGGCUACUAGCUAGUUAACCGAAUAAUUAUAGAGAGACAGUGAAAUAAAGACUCAUUUAAAAUCCAAUACUUUUUUGUAUUAUGAAAGUAUCAGCAUGGAUGCAAAGCAAAAGCUUAAAACGUGCUUGCUUAUUAUAGAGAUAAUCAUUUAACGCGAGCCAAGUUACUCCCCACGGAAUUUUCACUUUGACCGACCGACCUUUUUCUUUCCACAACAAUCAGUUGAAGUUGUUAUGAUGUUGGCGUGUCAACGAUUUGUGAGUGUUGUGAGGAACUCAAGGACACUAUCACGACAUGUCACUACUUGGUCUCCGGUUGGAGCAGCAUUCAAUGCCCAGCAGAGGAAAGUUGAUUUGUUUCAGAAGAACGUGGGAUUAUUCGGGGUUCCAGGGUUGAGUACUCCGGCUGGUUUCGAGGUGGCUCAGCAACGAGCGCUCAGGGAAACAGAACAGUUGGUAGAAAUAGCCUGCAAUAACCCACCAGGCGCCCUGACCGUGGAGACCUUCGAUCAACUUUCUGACAGCCUUUGCAAAGUGGCAGAUUUGGCAGAUUUUGUCAAAGUUGGCCAUCCAGACCCUGCCUUUCGGGAUGCUGCUGAGAAGGCAUGCAUAAACAUUGGCACAGUAGUAGAAAGGCUGAACACUAAUGUUGAACUGUGUAGGAGUCUCAAGAACCUACUAGAUAACAAAGAGGUUCUGGAUUCUUUGGACCCAGAUACAAGGAGAGUAGCAGAACUGUUCAUGUUUGAUUUUGAGAUCAGUGGCAUUCAUCUGGAUGAAUCAAAGAGAGGGAAGGCGGUGAGCCUCAAUGUCAAACUGCUGGAUCUGAACAAUGAAUUUCUAAAUGGCACCCACCUGCCCAAUAGGAUAGAGAAGACGGCCCUGCCAGAACACAUCCGACACUGCUUCUCCAUAGACGGCAACUCCAUCCAGAUUGGAGGUCUCCAUGCAGAUUCUCCUGAUGAACUGGUGCGGGAGGCUGCUUAUAAAAUCUUUCUCUUCCCGAAUUCAAGUCUGCUGCUUUGUCUGGAUGACCUGUUGACUUGUAGGAAUGAGCUAGCCAAAUUAGUGGGCUAUGAAUCUUUUGCACACAGGGCUUUAAAUGGAACUAUGGCCAAGACUCCAGAGACUGUCAUGAAAUUCCUUGAAUUGCUGACAGACAAACUCUCGGACAGAACUGCCAAAGAUUUUAACCUGAUGAGGGAUAUGAAGAUGAAAAUGAACUCAAGAAGCACCGUACUCAUGCCAUGGGACCACUCCUACUUCAGCAGCGCUGUGCGGGCAGAGAGGUAUAACAUCGAUCCCAGCCUGUACAGUCCUUACUUCUCCUUAGGGGCCUGCAUGGAGGGCCUCAACAUGCUGUUCAGCCAGCUGCUGGGAGUCUCCUUCCGGAAUGAACAGCCCAUGGCAGGAGAGGUGUGGAGUGAAGAAGUCCGCAAGUUGGCUGUUGUCCAUGAGACCGAGGGUCUUCUGGGAUACAUCUACUGUGACUUCUUCCGAAGGCCUGACAAACCACACCAGGAUUGCCACUUCACCAUCCAAGGGGGGCGUCUUAAGAAGGAUGGGGAAUACCAACAUCCUGUGGUGGUGCUGAUGCUGAGCCUGCCCCCUCCCACACGUAGCACCCCAACACUGCUCAACCCCGGCAUGAUGGAGAACCUGUUCCACGAGAUGGGCCACGCCAUGCAUUCCAUGCUGGGACGCACGCGUUACCAACAUGUCACAGGAACUAGAUGCUCCACUGACUUUGCUGAAGUCCCCUCCAUCCUCAUGGAGUUCUUUGCCACAGACUAUCGGGUGGUAAAUCAGUUUGCACGGCACUAUCAGACCGGACAGCCCCUGCCCAAGAGCAUGGUCUCUCGCCUUUGUGAAUCCAAGAGAAUCUGUGGGGCUGCCGACACUCAGCUUCAGGUUUUUUAUGCUGCUUUGGAUCAAGUGUAUCAUGGCAAGCCACAAAAUCGGUCAACGACAGACAUUCUAAAAACGAUGCAAGAGAAAUUCUAUGGACUACCUUACGUUCCAAAUACUGCCUGGCAGCUGAGAUUCAGCCACCUCAUUGGGUACGGUGCUAAGUACUACUCAUACCUCAUGUCGCGCGCCAUAGCCUCCAUGGUGUGGAGGCAGUGCUUUCAAAAAGACCCCUUCAACAGGGACAUGGGAGAGCGAUAUCGAAGGGAGAUGCUAGCUCAUGGAGGUAGUAAGGAGCCCAUGCUUAUGGUGCAAGGCCCAGAUCCCUGUGAUUUGCAUGGAGAGGAGGCAGAGAAAAAGGGGCCGGAGGGAGGGCUGCCUUCUGAGAAUUCAUGGGCGAUCGAAUAAACCCCCACUUUCUUCCAUUCUGCAAGCAAACGUGCAAUCUUUGGACAAUAAAAUAGAUGACCUACGCGGAAGAUUAAACUACCAACAGGACAUUAAAAACUGUAAUAUCUUAUGCUUCACGGAAACGUGGCUGAACAACCACACUAUCAACAUACAGCUGGCUGGUUAUAUGCUGCACCGGCUGGAUAGAACAGCGGCGUCUGGUAUUUUUGUAAAUAACACCUGGUGCACGAUAUCUAAGGAAGUCUCAAGCUAUUGUGAGAUAGUGUAUCAUGAUCAACUGUAGACAACACAACCUACCUAGAGAGUUUUCAUCUGUGUGUUUCGUAGUUGUUUACAUACCACCACAGUCAGAGGCUGGCACUAAGACAGCAUUGAAUGAGCUGUAUUCCGCCAUAAGCAAACAAGAAAAUGCUUACCCAGAGCUCGCCCUUGAUGGGGUCAAAUUGGGGUCAUGAUAGGGGCUGCCCCAAAUGUUUGAUGUAUUAUAAUAAAAUAAUUGAUAUUCUUAUGUUGUAUUAAUAGGAGAGGGGCUAUGGGACCCCUCCUCCUCUACAUUUAAAGGGUCCUAGACUACAGAUUAACAAUAUAUAUAUUCAUUGUAAGGUUUUAGAAUUGUUCCAAUCUUUUCUAAGUCUCUGCCUCUUAUAAAGAAACGGGGUCUGUGAAAAAGCAUUUCAAAGAUAAACAAAGAGCCAUGCAGGGGACUAGAAGAGAUAAGAGGCUAAUCAGACAUACCUCUAUAAAUCAACUUGGGGGAUUGGACAUUUACUGCUGAGGCCUUAGAAAACACUGGAACUAUUGUAUGCAUGGGCUUGGUCUGAGGAGUAGCAGGUAAUGACGUAUGCAGUGACAUCACAGGGGGUUGACUACAAGCAUGAUAAAAGUAACUUGGACUUUUCCUAUGGGGCAGAACUCAUGAGAGACAUCAGUUGUAUGUGUGAUGUUUGACUUCUGUCUACAGCUGUAUUUUGAUUCAAAUUGUUAUGAUUUAUAAGUGCACAUUUUGAGUGUUCCUUAUUUGUUAAGUAAAUAAAAUGGAGCAGAGAAAAACGGAACCAACACCCUCCAUUUGACAGAUCUGACCAUAAUUCUAUCUUCCUGAUUCCUGCUUACAAGCAAAAAUUAAAGCAGGAAGCACCAGUGACUAGAUCAAUAAAAAAGUUGUCAGAUGAAGCAGAUGCUAAGCAACAGGACUGUUUUGCUAGCACAGACUGGAAUAUGUUCCGGGAUUCCUCCGGUGGCAUUGAGGAGUACACCACAUCAGUCAUUGGCUUCAUCAAUAAGUGCAUCGAUGACGUCUGUCGUAGCAGAAUCAGAAUUAGUUAGGUAACAUUGAUAAAUAAGAUGUUUUAUCUACUUUCAUAAAUAUGCUUAUGUGGGUAAAGUCACUUGGGGCCCAGAGAGGGGAGAGGUCAGGCUUGUCUUUAUAUGUGAAUGUUUCUUUUAAACCAUGUGAAGGGAUGAUUGAGGGGGAACCAAUUAUCUCUUGGCUCCACAAUGUCUGUGCUAGUCACUCCCUACUUUUCCCAUUUGGGGGAAGAGUAUGGCAGUGUCUGGAACCAUUGUGUGUCCCCUCUGAUGUUGCCCUUAUCUUGACCUAGAGGCUUCACUCUCCUCUCUGUGAGCUUGUCCAGGAGGGAUUGUAUUUGAGAUGGGAGUAUCUAGAAUUGACAAUUGAUAUAUGCCAUUGGAUGAGGUAAUGUUUUGGCACUAUGUUGUACCAAGAACAAGAUAAGAACUUAGUUUAGGAGACCAAACUGAACAAUAAUUUAUAGCUAAUGCUGUCUGGAUAUGGGAUACUCCUCUCUCAAGUAAAAGUCUUCCUUUAUGCAGUUUUCCUAAGACCUGUGGUUCGUCAUUGUGAGUUGGGAGGGGUGGAUCUUUGCUAUAAAAGAUCUCAGUUGCCAUUUUGUAAGCACUCAGAAUUCAUUUAUAGACACUGAAUUGAUCUGAGAGUCAAAGGGCUAUGGGGAAGCUCAUAUUAUUAAAAUAUUACGUUUAAAGUAUAA